UUCCUGAACUCUCACGAAACCGCUUCAAUUUUCCGGCGGCACUUCUCGCCGGGAAAAUGCACUCGAAGGCCAGGAAUCCGCUCCGUCCGCUGCUGGGCUUUGGUUUUUUGGUGCAGGGAUUCCGAUGCUUUCCAUGGAUGGCCGUGAAUUUCUUCCUCAAAGACGGCCUAAGAGUCGCGCCUUCCACGCUCCAGCUCCUCCAGACCUCUGCCAACCUCCCGAUGGUCGGAAAACCGUUUUACGGCGUCGUUUCGGAUGCUGUCUACAUCCGGGGAGAGCACAGGAUCCCAUAUAUCGCAAUCGGAGUUCUCUUGCAAGCCAUGUCAUGGCUAUUCAUCGCCCUCCUUCCUCAAUCUAGCAUCUCCAUCUUCACCUUCUCAGUCCUCCUCCUCCUUGGAAACCUCGGCGCGUCAAUUGCAGAGGUUGCGAACGACGCCCUUGUCGCCGAGGCCGGGAGGCAACCCACUUCCACCACCUCUACUAAAAGGACAUCUUCAGGUGAGCUCCAGUCCUUUGCCUGGAUGCUAGGCUCCGUCGGUGGAGCCAUUGGAAACCUUCUCGGUGGAAUCGCCAUCAACCAGUUCUCUCCCAAAACAAUGUUCCUCGUCUUCGGCCUCCUCCUCAUCACCCAACUCUUCUUGACUGUAGCCAUCCGUGAGUCUUCUCUCGACCUCCCAAAGAGCUCGUCAAAAUCCAGCAUCCAGAAACAGCUGUCUGAAUUGUCAGUCACAUUACGUAAACCGGAGAUCUCAUACUCGAUCGCAUGGUUUGCAUUGUCCUAUGCCAUAAUUCCAAUCUUGACGGGCACCAUGUUCUUCUACCAGACUCAGUACCUGAAGCUGGAUUCUUCUAUCCUUGGGCUGUCGAAGGUCUUCGGGCAGGCAGCAAUGAUCAUCUGGAGUGCAAGUUACAAUAAGUGGUUGAAGUCUGUGCCACCAAGGAAGUUGAUAUCUGCGCUGCAGGCGACAAUCGCCGUGUUCAUGGUGUCAGACGCUCUGUUCGUUAAACAGGUCUACCGGAAUUUUGGGGUGUCCGAUACCGUUUAUGUUGUGUUCUUCUCAGGCUUGCUGGAGGUUCUGUUCCUGUUCAAGGUUCUUCCCUUCAGUGUCCUCAUGGCCCAGCUCUGCCCACCUGGCUGCGAAGGGUCUUUAAUGGCAUUCCUCAUGUCGGCAAUUGCCCUUGCCGCCAUUGUCAGUGGAUACUUGGGUGUCGCACUCGCUUCGUUCCUGGGGGCCUCGGCCCAGGACUUCUCGAAGCUGCCUAAUGGCAUUCUAAUACAGGCUGCGUGCACGAUUGUACCCCUUUACUGGUCUUCAUGGAUUCCUGAUUAUAUUAAGGCCAGUAAGAAGGUGGACUAGCUGUUGGAUCGAGGAUUGGGGUGUCCACUGUGCAAAUUGAUUUUUAUUUUUAUUUUUAAUAUUCUUGUACCAUUUGUUAGAUUGAAAUUUUGUAAGCAUUGUGAUGCAGAUGUUGGAUUUUAAAUACACAUGAAAAAAUACAGAUACGCGUGAAAUUCAGAUUA